AAGUCGGCGCGGAGCCGCCGUGGCCGGGCCGCGGGCUGCGCGGUGGCGGCGGGGCCGGGCCGGCAUGCGGGGCUCCCGGGACCGCGCCGGGCGGGGCGGGCGGCGGCGCGGGGCGGCGGGGAGCUGUCCGCGGUGCUGAAGCGGCGGCCGCGGGACCCGGCGCCGGGCGCACGCGCUCCCUCUCGGGAGCUCCGCCGCGGCGGCGAGGCGGGGGCGCCACCGCUCACCGGCCCAUGCCGAGCCCCCAAGCCCCGCGGAGGAGGCGGGACCAUCCUCGGCGGGACAGGCUCUCGAAGGACGGCUCAGCUGACCCAGGCUCCCCUCCCCAGAGCUGCCCCCAGAACCAUGGAAAGUCUGAGUGAACUACAGAACCCACUGCUGCCUCGGAGCCCCACACACCUCCGCGGCCCCUACCCCUACCCUGAGACUUCGCCUGGCUGGUCCUGCCAGGAGCAGCUCUACUCCUACCUCCUGGGGGGCGCCAGUCCUGCUCAUGCCCACCAGCUCCUGGACCCAGGGUCCCUGCAGCUAGCGGUGGAGGCCUGGUACAGGCCUAGCUGCCUCCUGGGGAGGGACAAGGUCAAGGAGCCCAGGUCUGGCAGCUGCGAGACCAGCUUCACAGAGAGCAGGCAGGCCCAGGCUGGGCCCGCGGAACGUCCUACAGAGCCUGGGCCAGCAGAAGAGGAUGUCACCAUCCAGACGGUGUCCUAUGGGGUUCAAGAGGAGCUGCAGGGCCAGGAGGACGACCAGGAAGAGGAGGAGAGUGAUGUGACGUCAACAGAGAGUGAAAGUGAAGACAACUUCCUCACGCUGCCUCCCAGGGACCACCUUGGUCUUACUAUCUUCUCCAUGCUCUGCUGCUUCUGGCCACUGGGCAUUGCCGCCUUCUACUUCUCCCAGGGGACCAGCAAGGCCAUCUCUAAGGGGGACUUCCGUCUGGCCAGCACCACCUCCCGCCGGGCCCUCUUCCUGGCCACACUCUCCAUCGCUGUGGGGGCCGGUCUUUAUGUGGCUGUGGUAGUGGCUCUGGCAGCUUACAUGUCCCAGAAUGGCCAUGGCUAGUGGCCAGUGGACCUGGCAUCUGACUCCCCUGCUCCAUGAGGCUUGGGGUUGCAGACUCUCUGGAGAGCCCUGGCCCCUGAAGACACCCCAUGAGAGUGACUUGCUGGGGGAGGACUCCCUAACUGCAGCCUGCAGGGCUCAAUCUUCACCUCCUCCGACUCACUGCCCCUAGCCCAGGCUGUGUUGGGAAGCAGGAGACUAGGGCUGUUCAGCGGCUAU